AUACUCUUGGAACACACGAGCCAUCCUUCUUUAUGUCGACCAACCUGCAGGAACAGGAUUCUCGGUCGGGCCGUUCGUAAACAAUGGCUCAUUUGAAGCUGCCGACGACUUGUACAUGGCCCUACAGGAAUUCUUCGCUGAAUAUACCCAGUAUGGAGGCAAAGAUUUCUACAUCACCGGGGAGUCAUAUGCUGGUCACUACAUACCUGCCAUAGCUCAUAAAAUAUGGCGUGAGAACACUAAAGGGAUCGAGCCUCAUAUCAACCUUCGUGGACUGGCAAUCGGGAAUGGAUGGAUGAAUGCCGCAAUCCAGAAAGACAUACAAAAGAAACUCGGAGUCGACAAGAAAUUCAAAGAUUGCUCGUUAUACGUUGGGAAGUUCUCAAUGGACCGCCUAGCACCCUUUGACACACUUCUGCCCGACUUGUUAGACGCUGAGAUCAAGGUUCUUUUGUAUGCCGGAGAUCAAGAUUACAUAUGUAACUGGAUUGGUUAUGAGCAUGUGGCGGAUGCGAUGGAUUGGCCAGGGCGUGAUGCAUUUCUCGAAGCUCCCCGUUAUGAAUAUGAGGAUGACGAUGGUACAUCUAUUGGUUUACUCCGCAGCAUCAGUUGGAAAAAAAAGGGAAUGUUCGGCUUCUUCCAAAUAUACCGAGCUGGACAUUUCGUACCCAUCGAUCAACCAGAAGCAGCUCAUCUCAUGAUCAGCGACUUUCUCGAUGGUACUCUCGGACGAUCUUCUAGUAGAGCCGUGAUGAGCGAAGGCAGCCCUGAGCUGUAG